AUGGAACCCAAGGAGAAUCUACCUCUUUAUCGCACUGAAUGGCGUGGGCUUGGUGUUCUCUUCGAGCAUGUCACAGCAACAGGAUCCCCGCGGACGCAGCACCAGAUUGACGACACCGGACACCUCCUCUUCAAGCUCGCCACCUGGCCGGUUGAAAUAGUCAGACAGUUCGCAGGGAACCGAAAGGCAAUGUUUACACCCAUUGUCCAAGAUAUCACCGGCGUCUUGUUCCCUGGCGAGACAGCCCUCGUGCUGGGCAACCCAGGAGCCGGAUGUUCCUCAACGCUCAAAAUCCUUGCCAACCAGUGCCGUGAAUUCACGAAAGUCGAGGGGAAUAUUCAAUACGCUUCCAUUCUUUCAGAGAACCUGUCUUCGGAUCUCCAGUCUGAAGUUGUCUACAACGGGCCUGAGGACAUACACAUUCCUCACCUAAAGGUUAAAGACACAUUGGACUUCGCCCUCCGACUUCGCAACCCCAACACAAGCAAUAGAUCAGACCAUGAGUUCUCGAGUCAGAUGACAGAUAGCAUUCUUAGGUCCCUGGGGAUACGGCAUACUGCUGAGACAAUUGUUGGCAACUCCUUCGUCCGAGGUGUUUCUGGGGGUGAACGCAAGAGAAUAUCCCUGGCAGAGGUCCUUUCGGCCAAUCCCUCCGUCGUCUGCUGGGACGACGCUAUCCGCGGCCUUGACAGCUCUUCUGCAUUUGAAUUUCUUGCCAUGCUCAAGCAGCUGUCCAAGGCUGUUGGCAUGACGAAUAUUGUCAGCCUCUAUCAGACGUCCGAGUCGAUGUACCAGGACUGCUUUGACAAGGUCCUCGUCCUAUACCAAGGCCGAAUGAUAUUUUUUGGCCCCGUUGCUCGAGCAAAGCCGUACUUUGAGAGCCUUGGCUUCGAACAUCUCCAUCGGCAAACCACACCCGAGUUUCUCACGGCAGUCACGUCACCCAAAGAGCGUCGAAUUCGCACCGACUACUCUGGCCCGUUGUAUCUCGAUCCAGAUUCCCUAGCAACAGCCUUCAGAUCCUGUGAUUUAUACGCGGAAAACUUGGAAGAGAUUGAACGCUACAAGAAUACAGUCGCAAACUCGCCGGCAACGGCGGCUUUUCGACAGGAAGUCUCGCGGACGGUCUACCAAUAUCGCAUCUUCAGAUCAAUCGUUUCAUCGCUUCGAAAGCAGGUCUACGUUUCUUUACAUAGAUACUUUCGCUUGCAGUGGAGCAAUCGUUUGUCCUUCUACAUCAUUCUCGUUCUAUGCAUCGUUAAUGCCCUCCUCUGCGGCUCGUCAUUCUAUGACAUCCCCUCCACGGCGACUGGUGUCUACGUUCGUUCCUGUGCGGUAUUCUUCCCUUUCAUCUACUUCCUUCUCAAUGCUCUGACAGAAGUUGGAGCGACUGUUGAGGCGAGAGAUAUCUUGUCAAGACAGCAAAAGCUGGGCUUGAUUCAUCCGGUAGCCUACGUCAUAACCGAAACAAUUGGAGGGAUCCCAAUGGUUUUCUUGCGGACUAUUUUGUUCAGCUGUCUGUACUACUUCUUGAUAGGACUAGGAAGAACUGCCGCCCAGUUCUGGAUCUUUGAGGUGUUUCUUUUCGUUUAUUACAGUUCCCACACAGCUAUGUUCCGAAUGCUCGGUGCUUGGGCGCCGAACGUCAGCAUCGCCUUCCUCAUGAGCGGCUGCGGAACUCCGUUGACACUGGCGUGGGCCGGAUACGCUCCUACAUGGCCUACCAUGCUGGCAUGGAGCUCCUGGAUCCGCCGUAUCUCCCCAUCUCCCUACGCACUGGAGGCUCUUAUGACCAACGAGUUUGAGCAUCUUGAGCUUCACUGCGAGCCGAAUGAGAUGGUCCCUUCUGGCCCUUCCUUUGAACAGCUUGCGUACCAAGGUUGCCCCCUUCCCGGCGCUGAACCAGGUACUUCCACAACCUCUGGCUCUUAUUACCUCCGCGAGGUCUACGGGUACGAACACGCAAACCUGUGGCGCAACUUAGGUAUCAUGAUCGCCAUGUGGGCCAUCUACACUAUCCUCGCCGGUGUUGGCCUCACCAUCAUGACACGGAGCAAAGGCAACGCUUCCGGUGCUGUCUUCAAGUCUGGCGCAAAAGCCCACAUCAAUGGGACCGCUCCAAGAAACUGCGAGACAGACGCGGAGAAACAAGAGAAUUCAGAUGAGCGCGGUAUCGACCCCGCUUCUGAUUCUGAUGGCGGAAAAACUCUUACAGCGGACAGACCUCUGCCAAAGGAUGGGAAAUGCAACGUUUUCACAUUCAAGGAUAUCAAGUACACUGUCAAUGUCGACGGUAAACCAAAGUGUCUACUCGACAAUGUCAACGGUUACGUGCAAAGUGGUCAGCUCACCGCCUUGAUGGGCGCCUCAGGCGCAGGGAAAACGACACUUCUUGAUGUGCUCUCCCAGCGAAAAAGUCAGGGGCAUGUCGAGGGACAAAUGCAGAUGAACUCGCGGGGCAUCACGCCUGCUUUUGCACGAUCUUGUGGCUUCUGCAUGCAGCAAGAUAUCCACGAGCCACUGUCCACCGUGAGAGAAGCACUCCAGUUCUCUGCCAGCCUACGCCAGCCCGCUGAUGUCCCUGAUACUGAGAAGAUGGAGUACGUCGAAUACAUCAUUAGGCUGUUGGAGCUGGAAUCCAUUGCGGAUGCAAUUAUUGGAGAGGCCGGGGACGGCAAGCUUGGUGUCGAGGAGAGAAAGCGAGUCACCAUUGGCGUCGAACUGGCUGCGCGGCCGUCAGCACUGCUGUUUCUUGACGAACCCACGUCCGGGCUUGACAGUCAAGCCGCGUACUCUAUUGUCUCGUUUCUGCGACGCAUUGCCGCCGAGGGAAUUCCUAUCGUUUGCACAAUCCAUCAACCGUCGGGUGUCAUCUUCGAGAUGUUUGACCACGUUCUGCUCCUUGCCCCCGGUGGUAAGACAGUCUAUUUCGGGGAGACUGGGAAUGGUUGUAAGAAGCUGACCCAGUACUUCGCCCAAUAUGGACACCACAUAAGUGACAAUGAGAACCCGGCAGAGUUCAUCAUCUCGGCUAUGAGUCAAAAGCCUGGAGGCCGCGACUGGGCGCAAACUUGGAAGGAUUCUCAGGAUGCUAUCAACCUGCGGCAACGUAUCCGUGAGCUCGAGCAGCUGUCGGCGUCCAUUAAGACCGGUGAGGAGUCUUCGGGGCAAAGUGCAUAUGCCCGACCUCUGAGGAAGCAAAUCUAUGCCGUCACAGUCCGCCAUGCCAGAACGAUCUGGCGCCACGGCCCUUACAACGCAAGUCGUUUCACCAAGGCCGUAUUCCACUCUUUAGUGUUGUUGUUCUCCUUUUUUCAAGCCAAGACCGAUAUCACGUCGUUGCAGAAUCGCGCAGUUAGCAUCACUCUCAUCGCUUGGAUCAUCCCCGUCAUCGCGGCAGAUUAUCACGCCGUAUGGUUUGACCGUUGGGCAAUCUUUGAGGGGCGCGAACGGAACGGUAUCUACGAUUACAAGGCACUACUAUUUGCGCUCAUUGCCAUCGAAAUCCCUUGGACCGCGGUGCUAUGGACGCUGGUCUUCUUUUGCAACUAUUGGACCAUUGGAUUCCCGGCUGCGACGUCGCAGGCAGGCUUCAGCUACUUCUGCUACCUCCUGCUGUCGCUGUUCUGCAUAGGCUUCAGCUUCUUGAUGCCUUCGCUCUUCGGCACACGGACCCUAGCCGGCUACGCAAACUCGCUCUUCUGGGUUCUUCUUUUCAUGUUCUCCGGCAUGCUCCAGCCGCACAGUGGCAUGAACGACUUUUACCGGCCUUGGCUCUUCUGGGUUGACCCCAUGAGAUACUACUUCGGAGCGUCAAUCUCGACGGCUAUGAAUGGCGUCAAAGUCAUGUGUGCGCCGGAAGACCUGGCGCGCUUCGUCCCUCCGCCCGGGGAGACGUGCUACGAAUAUGCGGCCUCUUUCCUUUUGACGAGUGCCGGCUACGCCUUGAAUCCCAACGGUACUGAUCUCUGUGACUACUGCAAGUACACUACUGGAGACGACUACACUGCAACGCUUGAAUACUUCUACUCGGAUCGCUGGAGAGAUUGGUCAGUUUUCUUGGGCUGGUGUAUCGUCAACUUUUUGUUAAUCUGGUUUGUAACCUGGCUCUCGCGUAUCAAAUACAGAUGGGUGUAG